UAGUAUUUUUGGUAUAUAUUGGCCAGUGAUUAAAAAAAAAGGUCAUUGUAUUGGGAUAGAAAUCACAUAAGAAUAAAUUCUGUGCUGCAGGAAGAUAUCCAUUCUAGGGCUGCUUAUGGUGUUUGUAAACAUCUCAGAGAGGCACUUCAAGACCAGCUAUGGACAGGCAAACAGACAUUACAACCAUUAUUUGAAGCCUUAAAGCAAGGAUUUCCAUUACUUUUAAUUGAGGCAUUUAAUACUUUUCCAGGUCUUACUAGACAGCUUCUCUCCAAAGGUGGUGAUCAUUGCAGAGUAUGAAGCUUAUUUCAAACCUUUCUUUUGUUUUUGGACACAGAACUGCUUGCAAUUGCUUCUGUGUGCUAAUGGAAACUGGCUUGUCCACUUUGGUGAUAAGCACAGCUCUUAGCACUGGUGUCAAUGAGUUGGUUCCCUCUGAAGGAAAACAAAACAGGGAAGGGAAAAUUAAAGAAAUGUUUACUUAUAUCAGUGAUUAUAUGUGUAGCAGCACUGAGUAUUGCAGUUGUUUCACUUCUGUGUGUACUGCAGUUGUUUCACUUCUGUUUGUGAUGUGUGAGGUUGUUAGUGCACAAUGGAGAAACAAUUCCUAGAAUAACAGUAUGUGCAAUGCUACUUUUUGUUCAUCUCUUUAUUGCAGAACUGCCUUUUUUACAAGGGGAUGAAUUUUUUAACCAAAUUGUAUCACCUGUCAAGAGUUUUCAUGUGAUUCUUGGAAACCUACUACAGAGUCUUCGCUAUCAGUUAUUCAGUCCUGUUUUCUUCUCCCUUCAGCAGGUUGAAGUUCAUGAGUUCGCCCAGCCUCAGUGAUCUGGGCAAGAGAGAGCAGGCAGCCUUGGAUGAGCGGGGGACCCAGCAGCGACGGGCCUGCUCCAACGCUACCUGGAACAGUAUCCACAAUGGAGUAAUAGCCGUGUUCCAGCGUAAGGGUCUCCCCGAUCAUGAACUUUACAACCUCAAUGAAGGAGUCAGGCAGUUAUUGAAAACAGAACUGGGAUCCUUCUUCACCGAGUAUUUACAGAAUCAACUGCUCACAAAAGGCAUGGUGAUCCUAAGAGACAAGAUCCGGUUUUAUGAAGGGCAGAAACUGCUGGAUACCUUAGCUGAAACCUGGGAUUUUUUCUUCAGUGAUGUCCUGCCCAUGCUCCAGGCUAUUUUCUAUCCUGUGCAGGGAAAGGAACCCUCAGUUCGGCAGCUGGCUCUUCUGCACUUUAGGAAUAUAAUUACCCUCAAUAUUAAACUAGAAGAUGCAUUAUCACGUUCCAGAGCAAGAGUUCCACCUUCUAUUAUUCAAAUGCUGCUAAUACUCCAGGGGGUUCAUGAGUCAAAAGGUGUGACUGAAGAUUAUCUGAAACUGGAAUCCCUGAUCCAGAAAGUGGUUUCACCUUAUUUGGGCACCUAUGGUUUGUAUUCCAGUGAUGGACCCUUCACACACUCUUCCUGUAUCCUGGAGAAGCGGUUCUUCAGGCGUUCCAAGUCAGGUGACAUCCUUGCCAAGAACCCCGUGGUGCGAUCGAAAAGCUACAAUAAUCCACUGCUGACACCAGUAGCUGAGUAUGAAACAGAGGGUAUGGCUGCCAACGGGACAAGCAUCCGAAGGCACUCUGUUUCAGAAAUGACUUCCUGCCUGGAGCUCCAAGGGUACUCCAACCUCACCACCAUCAUGGACAACGGUUCUAAGAGCUCCAUGACGGCCACAAAGAACUUGCUGUCCGACCAGGAGCGGUCCAGUGCUGGGUCAGCGCAGUGCUCCGGCAAGCUCAGCACAGUGGAACAACAGAAAGGACACUUCCACUCAAUGGACGACCCACAUAGGUCUUUUGAGCUGGACAGGGACCCUUCCUUGAUUCCUGUUCCUUCUUCUAGCCCUGAGAACAUAGUGGAUCAGAUUUUAGAGUCAAUUGACUCUGAUUCUGAAGGCAUUUUUAUUGAUUUUGGCCGAGGUUGUUCCAAAUCAUCAGCGUACAAUGUGGACGUGAACAGACAGAGCGUCUUGUGAAGGACAGCAGGACACGAGCCUUGGUUUUUAAUAUUAUACAAGAAAGCUACUAACGUGUUGAGUCAGACCAUGGGCAAAAGCUAUGUGUGUCUAGGGCACAACCUCAGCUGUGUUCAAGUAUUCAAACACAACAGUUUACAAGAGGCAGAAAGCGGCUGCCUGGGGGGAGAAACCCUGAUGACUUCUCCCUGUCCCUAUCCUCUGUGUUCUGAUUUCUUACUGUCUUUCUAAACAUAGGGAUUUACAGACUAACAGGUAUCUGGUAAAAAGCAGUUGUUACAACUGUCAGGGUCUAUUCAGUAAUGCUGCCUAGUAAAUGACUCAAGAGACUCCUGUUGAAGGGCAGGUUGUUCUCUGGACUGUUAGCUGGAGCACAGAAAAUUAUCCUUUUAAUAAGAAAAACAGAAAAAAACAGAGGCUGUGGUCCUUCAUAGCACAGAAUACAACGAUAAAGAAGUCUCUUUUAAUCUUUUCUUGUACAUCUUGUAUGCACUCCUUUGCCCAACGGUGAGCUAAGAGUUCUUGAAGAAUGGCAAAUAAAUGGAAAUGUGCUACCUGA